AGCCUGGGCAGCAUCAUGCCGCUGCUGGGGUGCCUUGGGACCCGGAGCCUUUCACAAGGCAGCGCCUAUUUCCUGCUGUUGCCCUCCAACAUGGCGGCGUACAGGCGCGGCUUGGCGGUGCUGAGCUUUCUCAGAUGCAGCAUCGGGGCAGUGGUCGGCUGCAGCUCGUCGCCCCGGCGCCUUGCGAAGCUGCCCGCGGCGGUGCGUCGGACCUGCGUCUCCCUUUGCGCGGCUGGUGGGCUCUGCGCCAUACCUUUUUCACAGAAAGAGACAGCUGUGCUCUCCCACGAGGCCCUGAUUCGUCGGGCCUCAUCACUGAUGACGGACGGUGCCAACACCUACCUGUCCCAGACCACCCUAGCUCUAGUGGAGUCCCUUACAAACUAUGUUAAGGCGAUGCACACGCUUUUGGCUCUGCAGCAGCGAUAUGUGACCUCUGUCAGCAAGCUGAACCCCACAGAGGAGGACGCCAUUUGGCAAGUGAUCAUUCGCCAGCACCAGGAGGUGAUGGACAGACGGGAGGAGUGCAGGCGGUUCGAGAUGAAUUGGAUGAAUGCGAUCAAUCUGUCUGAGCUGGCAGCCGAGGCGGCGUUCAAUGCAGGGGCUGACCAGGCGUCGGUCACGGCGCGGACGAACCUGCAGGUGGCGCAGGAGCACGUGGAGCAGGUGCGGCAGCUGUCGCUGGAGGCUGAGCAGAAGCUGUUGGACACCAAGGCAGAGAACAUGGAGAGGAUGUCUGCUGGCAGGAAUGAGGAAGAGGAGGAUAUCCCUGAUGCAUACCUCCGGGAAGACUAGGUGCAUGCACUUGCAGUCAAACGCACCACAACACCUCAAAGAGCAAUAAUAGACUCCCUAUGCAACCAAGCAAUCUUAUCCAGGGGCUGGGGUCCUCAACUGACCUUUGACCUAUAGGUGUCCUCCAAGUUGCCUGUAAAAAUGUGAAGGUCCUUGAAAUGUGAAGGCCAGGGGGAAAUGGAAGAUGUCACCAGUCCUGCUUUUAUCACUAAUGCUCUUCCAUGUACUUUGGUUGCACAUUUGAUAUAUAUAAUGUGUGUGUGUGUGUGUGUGUGUGUAAUUUUAAGCUCCAACUUCACUGUGCAAUCCAGAAGCUGCACCUCCCCCACCACCACUCUUCAGACCCAGAAAAAGAUGCAGAUUAGCUUGUGUAAAAGGAGGAGGAGCCAUUUUUUAUACUGGAGUUGUGAGGCAUUAUGGGAGCAGAUUGGUUAUUAUGGAUACUAUGCCAUGACAGUCUCGUUUUACAGCCCCAUACAAAAUGUAAGCUGCAGUUUUAGCACUUAGCUUACCCAUAUUUAUGUGCUUUUUUGCUGUAAUUUAGGUGACUUCUGGUCUUUCUGACCACAGGGAACAAAUAUAAGUGCAAUGUUAUCGUCGUUAAUUCAGUGUAUUACUUUUUUUAUGCCAAAAUGUCAGGUUUUCUGUUGCUUAAAGCCCAAUUUGUUCUGGUGUGAUUUCUAAAUAGUAUUUUUUCCAUAAUACUUAUAUAUAAAGUAUUUAAAUACGAAAUUAGUGGAUAACGAAGCAAGUAAUGCAAAGGCGUUAGAGAGGGGGAUCAAGGGAUUUAUGAGAUAUUCUUCUGUUUAAUUUAAUGGGACAUUAAGAUUUUUCCUGCUUGUUGGAUGAAUAUAAAUUCAUUCCACUCUGCUUGGUUGUGGGUGCAGUUUUCAAGUUUCGAUUUUUUUUGUCCCAUUUUCUGAAAUGGUGAAAUUCUCAUGGUACAGUUGCAGGGUAGGGUAUGGGGGAGAGACAAGUGAGUGCAGGAAAACAGUGCCUUGUAAUGAGUAAACAAGUAAUAAAGUUUUACAAUGAAUGUACAUGUGGAA